UUGUGAUUUGGACGGUCGACUUCCGCCGUAGCCGGUUUACGCAACAGACAGAUAAUCAGUCGAUCGUUUUUCGUGCGAGAUUUUCAGCGAAGAGAAAUGUUGCGCGUCGUAGCGACACGCGUGGCCUCGGCAGCGCGCACCGCGAUUAUGCCGCAGAUCUCCGUCGUCGGCACGCAGAGCACCAGAGCCGCCCAUGGUGGUCUCAAAGAGACCGACGAGGAAUUCGACCAACGAUACGUGAAUUUUUUUAGCCGCAAUGAUAUCGAUCAUUGGGAAAUCCGAAAAGCCCUGAACGAUCUGGCCGGUAUGGAUCUUGUGCCAGAACCAAAGAUUAUAUGUGCAGCAUUGAGAGCUUGCCGAAGGUUAAAUGACUUUGCGCUUGCUGUAAGGUUUCUAGAGAGUAUAAAAGAUAAAGGUGGCCCACAUGCUACCCAAAUUUAUCCGUACAUUCUUCAAGAAAUCAGACCGACCUUGGAUGAGCUAGGUAUCAGCACACCCGAAGAGUUAGGAUAUGACAAGCCAGAAUUAGCUUAUCAAUCAGUGUUUGAAAUGUAAUGGACUAAAAACUAUACUAUAUAAAUUCUAGUAUUUAUAUAUUCUAAACUGCUGCCUCAAAUGCAAACAUUGAGAGAAUUUGUCAGUUAAAAAUUGAAUUAGACAUGUAUUUGCAUUACCAGCAGCAUUGUUGAAUAAACAACCACAAUUGUAA